AUGGCUGAUGAGCAGAAGCCCGCCGCGAAUGCGGCCGCAGAGCAGGAUGUCCAGAACGUCCUUGCUGAGCUGAAGGACAACGGUGCGCCCGCCGAAGCUAAGACCGACGCCGACGAGGCUCGCAUUGUCGCCGAGGCCGCCAAGCUGGGCGAGAAGUCGGAGCAAUCUGAGGAGAAGUCUCAGCAGCAGCGCGAGUCGCGUCCCCAGCGCGGUGGCCGAGGUGGCCGUUUCGCUCGCACCAACAAUGCCAAGUUCGAUCCUUCUUCGCAGAAGGAGACCGACGACCCGGUGGAGAUCCGCAAGCAGGUCGAGUUCUACUUCUCCGAUUCGAACCUGCCCAUGGACAAGUUCCUGCUGUCCAAGGUUGGCGGCAGCGCCAACCACGCCGUGCCCCUGAGCCUCCUCCACUCGUUCAAACGCAUGCGCCGCUUCCAGCCAUUCGAGGCCAUUGUCAAGGCCCUCAAGGACUCGGAGACCAUGGAGCUGACCGAGAACGACACCGCCAUCAAGCGUAAGGUUCCUCUGCCCGAGUCCGUGAACACCGACAACAACGCCGAGGCCGUCAAGGUGUUCGAGGAUAAGGCCAUGGCCCGCAGCAUCUACGUCAAGGGCUUCGGCAACUUCGGUGACGAGGAGCCCACCACUCAGCUCGACAUUGAGGCUUUCUUCGAACCCUACGGCCCCAUCAAGGCCGUCCGCCUCCGCCGCACCCAGGACAAGACCUUCAAGGCCAGCGUCUUCGUCGAAUUCGCUUCCGAGGAGAAGCAGAAGGCUUUCCUGGAGCUCGCCGAGAAGCCCCAAUGGAAGGGCCAGGACCUGGUUGUCAAGAGCAAGAAGGAGUACUGUGACGAGAAGGUGGAGGACAUCAAGGCCGGCAAGGUCUUCGCCAACACCAGCCGUGGUGGGGCUCGUGGCGGUCGUGGUCGUGGUGGCCGUGGUGGCCGUGGCGGUCGUGGCCGUGGCGGUCGUAAUGACCGUGGUGACCGUGAUCGCGGUGACGACAAGCGCGACUGGCGGGAGCGCCGCGAUGAGGACCAGAAGGCCGGCUUCAAGAAGGACUCCCGGGGUGUUCCUGUCGUACAGGCUACCGGCGAGAAGCGGGCUCGCGAUGACGAGGCGAACGGUGACCACCCCGCCAAGAAGGUGGAUGCGAAGGAGUAG